AACAAUUAGACCUCCUCCGUCUGGCUGGUGGGGGAAGUGUGCUGCUGUUCACAACACUUCGAUAGUUACCUUUUUGCCAACAAAGCAAAACCUGGGGAGAUUCCACAUCCAAGGCUCAAUCCAGCAUUUCCUCACUCUCACUCUCACUCUCUCUCCUUCUCGUCAUCUCUCCCUUCCUUUCCCCUCAGUCACCCAAUCAUCGUCACUAUCGACCCUGUAGGGUUGUUGAAUGCAUGCUAUAGGCACAUCACUUCAACCUCAGAAGCAUGUCUGUCUGCACUGAACAAGACCUCCAUUGUGCACUCAAUUCCAUCUCCUAACUUGACAGCUCUGUGCAAAGAUGGAUUUCAUUCUAUCUCUCACGCACUUCUGCGAAGUCCAUGGCCCGACGUCAAUCCUCUGCUCGCAGGUCGCUCCGACCUCGUGUCCGCAGUGCGACCCUGACUCGCGCGAUCUCUCUCCAAACGAUACCCCUCUCUCUUCACACCCCGGGACCUCUCCUUCUUCCGACCCACGCGACCCAGAACGAGAUGUGAAGCCGGGCAAGCAGCCGAUAACUGCCUCAUCUGUCGGUUGCGCAAGCUCCGGGAGCCUGGAACCUCUCGCCUCUCCAACAUCUUCGGCGCCUGCCUCUACUGCCAGGAUCGAAAAUCAUCCAUGGUUUUUAAACGGACAGUAUACCAAAGUUGACACUGAGAAGUUCAACUGUUUUGGAGGAGCCGAGGGCGAUACUUGUGCCAGCUGCAGACUCUCUAUCCCAGAAGACAUCAGCAAGCAGCUUCCACCCGGGGCACCAGGAACUCUCAAGGAGAAUGGCCGGGGCAGAAACGGAAGCCCGGUCCUCAGGUCCAGGGAGAUCGUUCAUACCUGCCAUGGAAGUCAGUUUGGCUUUGACGACGCAUCGCAUGAUUCCCACGUUCGCCAUUCAAACUCGACCUCUGUUCGAUCUUCGUAUUCCUCCGAGUCCUCGUGCCAUACUCACAUCGUGACGUAUCUAUCGAUGCGGGGCCCGCCAAAUCCCACCGAUUACUCGUUGUUACGGCGUGCCUCGAUCCGUACUCUAAGCUGCGAAUUUCUACCUCGUGGUUUGUCCUCCGGUCCACUUUCAUUUGGCGACACUGAUACGGGUUAUACUAUCGCCUACGUCUUUCGUCUCCCGGACCCCAUGGCAAGAGGCAAGAGACGCAGUUACGCCUUGGUUGCCUUGGCAGGACGAGAUGCGGGAAGGGCUUUUCGGGCGAGUCCAGUAAUCUGGCGUGUAUUCAGUCACAUUGCGAAUAACCUCGUUAGCUCGGCAGAGAAAUCACAAGAGCAGGAGAAGCGGCGCGACGUAGGCACACCUAGCGGAGCAGGUAACACAGCUCCACGAAAUUACACUCCUAUUUCCUCUUUCCUCACAGGCCGCACCGUCGAUCCCGAUGGACAGCCUCGGCGUGCUGGACAGAUCCGCGCUCGAAAUCUUGCUGAAAUUGUUGGGAAUGAAUAUAUUUUCGCCGAGCUUCAUGCCCAAUUCGUUGCCUUGCUGCAGCAGCUCGGAGCCAUGUUCGGAGGAAGUCGAAUUCCCGAGAAUCGGUUGAAUCCGGAAUCUGAGAGCGAAGAAACCGAGGAAUACUUCCCGCGCCGUGCUGCACCAAGUAUCAAGGUGCCAAUACGCCCGAAAGGUGCACGAGGCACAAGCAACUCAGGCAUGCGAUGCGAUUCACCCAAUUCUCCGGGCCAACACUCUCCGGUGCCCAAGCCUAUUCCUAUUUCUCAUCGACGACAUUACGCCGCAUAA